AUGUUUCACGGGCAACUUGUGGCAAUUGUGCUGGGCUGGAUUAUUAUGACUAUUGUCAUCGAGCAAAGCGCCCCCAGAAUGACUUUCAAGGCCGGAGACUGCACUUACAACAAAUCUACCUUCUCCAACUUUACUAUCCAAAUCCUAAAAACCAAAGUGAUGAUGGACAUGAUUCUAGUCACCACUUUGCGGCAGGGGCUGAAGGCCCACCUCAGCUUCGAGUUUCGGCUUUCCAAGGGCAAGCCCUACCAGAGUGUCUACCAGCACGACAUGAACUACUGCGCCCUGAUCAAGGGCUCUCAGGAGUCGAUCUAUCGGCGAUGGUUCACGUCCAUGCUGAAGGUGGGAAACUUCGCCACGAGCUGUCCAAUUAGGGAAGGUUACUACUACAUGCACGGCUGGACCCUGGAUGCGAACUAUGUGCCUUCCUUUCUCUAUGUAGGGGACUACCGGAUCGGCGGAUCGUUCUUCUAUGGCAGGUUCAAGAAGCAGCUGAAUAACCGUCUAUUAGAGUGCAGCGUGGAGGCCGUGUUGAGCUAG